AUGGCGGACGCUGCAGGGAGUGCGUCGCCGGCGCCAGCCUUAGCGACGCAGCCCAGGAGCGAGACUCCCAAGAAUGAACAAAACCCUGCUGCCAAACCGACAAUGCCCGCCAUCAAAGCCGAGGAAGGCCCUCAGCAACUCGAGGCCAUCAGCAGGAUGGGCCCGGACAGUCAUUCGCAAGAAGCCGCAAGAAGCCCGACCUUGACUAAAACCAUCAAGUCGGAAACCAAUGGCUCCUCUGAUACACCAUCCACCGCCCAAGAGGCCGCCCCCGCAAUGCCAACUACAGCUGCCGUUGUCAACACCUCCUCAGCGAUUCCUGCUGUCGCACCCCCUCCCGCCCCGGCUGCGGCUGCUCCACCUGCUCCUCUUGCCACGCCUGCUGCCGCUCCUGCUGCCGCCCCUGCUGCCGAUUCGUUGGCCCCUGCGAAAAGAUCAAGAACACCUGAACCCAACGAGGAACAUGGUGCCGACAAGAAGCAGAAGACCGAACAUGUCCCUGAGCACGACGUCCAAAAAGUCGACCCAAAGGUAGAGGCAGAAGCAAGCGCGGAUAUGGCUGCAGAGGCGGGGGCAAAUGGCGACGGGGUCUCUAGCUGGGACCUCGAAUCGAUGCUGGCAAACGCCUUGGGUGCUGUUAAUGACACUAAGGGCACGGCGGGAGCAGAUUAUUCCAUGGAUAUUGACCACAUCACCUCAUCCCCGCCCCUGCCGCCGCCACGUCGGCGGCUCGAGAAGAUGAAGUUCAUCGAAACCCCGACGUACUUCUCGCGUUCCAUGGGCCUGCCGAUAUUGGGGAGUCUUGCCGUUCAAAUACUACUGGCACUCUUCCAACAGCCAUCUGAAGUCACGGACAAGAUCAUCCGUGACGCAAGGACUGAGGGCGGCAAGGUCUACGUGGCCCUGAGAGCCACGUUCAUGGCGACGCUGAAGCUAUUCACGGAUUCCACUGCCUUCCUCAACGCGGAUGAUCUCGACAUUCACGACCCUGGAGACCGGGAGACAAUCCAGAUGGCCAAUCUUGCCAACAUGUGCGCGAGCUUCUACGGCCCAGGCGGGCCGACCAUGGCUACUGCCCAUGACUAUUUUCUAAACAUCAUGAUUCCUGAAAAUGGAAUGAUCACAGAAGACAUAUCAGCCCUUUACCUCGACCAAAAGACGCAGAGCUUCCUCGCCUACGCCAACGUGAUGGAGGACAAGGAAUCAACGAGGAACAGCCUGAUGGACAAGUUCUUUCCCAAAGAGCUGGAGGGGAAACUGAGGGCGUACUACAGAGAGUCAGAUCUCAACAUAUCGGGCAUCAAUGAGGACGAAUUUGUACGCCCAUUUACAGAUAGGCGAAACCUACUCAAAGCAGUAGGGCAUGAUAAGGAGAAGAGGCGGCAACUCGAGGCCAAAUAUCAGUUCGCGACCUUCCUAGAUAACCUGAGUGCGUUCAUUCGAUCGAACUUCGAGUCCAUUGUGGACUAUGCCGAGGGACACGGCUUUGAGAUACCCAAUGAGCCCGGAGAGGAAGAGGCAUUGCUCUUGGAAGGUGUCCAGCCACCAUCCACCUAUACUGGGGCGUUCCCAGGCCAGAGGCGACCGAAUGGGACGGACCUGGACUCGGGCUACGAAGCUACCGGGCUUGCGUCGUUGAUCGCCGAGAAGCUGGCGCCUAUUGAUGUUAACAGCUACGGGCAAGCCACGGCCGGAACAGGAGACGGAUCGAGCCUGCCACCCACACAAUCGCUGCCCACGGCGGUCCUGUACGAGAGAGCGCGACAGGCAGCUGUGGCCAAGACAACAACAGCACAUGCUCGCAAGGAAGGCUUACACUCCACCAGGAGACCUUGGACGCCCGAAGAGGAGAAGGCAUUAAUGCAAGGCCUUGACAUGGUCAAGGGGCCACACUGGAGCCAGAUCCUGCAAUUAUUUGGGCUGAACGGGACGCUCUCCGACAUCCUGAAGGACCGCACCCAGGUGCAGCUGAAGGACAAGGCCCGCAAUCUGAAGCUGUUCUUCCUCAAAACCAACUCUGAGAUGCCCUACUACCUGCAGUGUGUGACGGGGGAGCUUAAAACCCGGGCUCCAGGUCAGGCAGCGAGGAAGGAAGCAGAGGAGCAGGCACGCCAGGGCUCCGUCAACCCGAGCGGCGGGGUGCAGGGCAAUUAUGCUCCUUCUUAUCCGAAUGGAACCACGGCAAACCAAGGCCAGCCGGCAGCCGUGCCGCCCAGGUUGAACCAGGCCACGCCGGGCGGACAGCACUACCAGCAACAACAACAAGCGAGUUAUCAACAGCAGCAUCAACCAUAUCAACAGAAUCACCAGCAGCAGCAGCAGCAGCAUCGACCCCAACAACCACAGCACGCUGCCCCUGCGCCAUCGCACGCGACCUUGUCGCACCAGAAACAAGAGAACCCUGUAUCUCGGCCUGCGGCUCAAGCGCCUUCCCAUCACCAGAGCAUCGCCCCCGCUCCAGUGCACCCGCAGAGACCUCUUCAGCAAGCAGGCGCACCCACAAACCCUCAGUAUAAUGCCAUCCAGCGAAGACCAGCGCAACAAAACGCACAGCCCGUGUCCCACCAGCAAGCACAGCCCGUGUCCCACCAGCAAGCACAGCAAUACGCAUCGCCGCAACCACAGAGGCCGGCAGCAAUGGCAUUGCCUCCGAGGCCGGGUCCGGCUUCAGUGCCGCAAGUCCAGACACGGUCACCUGCUCCUGGAUCCACAGCCGCAGCAGUUUCGCGACCGGCUGCCGCAAGCACAACAGGACCACCGACGACCGCCUCUGUUCCAGUCCCAGCCACUGCUGCUGCAGCGGGCCAACACCGGCCCCAAAGCCAAAGCCAGCCACAAAGCCAGCCCCAUCAUGAGCCGCAGGGCCAGCCGCAGGGCCAGCCUCAACCUCAGAGCCCAGCGCCCAAAGCCGUACCGCCCACCAUGCCCGCACCUCCCACCCCCACCCCGUCGCCGUUGACGCCUACUGUGGCAUCAUUGGCUGCAUCUCCGUCACUGGCAGCCCAGAAACUGCCAGGACAGCUUGUCACGUCCUCACAGCCGGCACCCUCAGCCGAGGAAGCAGCCAAGCAAACACAGGCGGGCGUCCCGUCCCAAGCAGAGACGGCACAAACGACAACAGAUGCAUUGGCGCCAAGUGCCGGGGGUGGGGGAGCCACAGAGGAUGACGAACAUCUGAAGAACUCGCUGCUGGCGGCGUUGAAAAACGCCUAG